AUGACCGACUCACUGAAGCCUGCCAGUGAGGAGCUCGACAUCACAUCUCCAGUCGACUGUGGUCGUGCCACCCCAUCCACCCUCGCCCUCGACGUCCUCCUUGCCGUACCCGAGCACACAGGCCAUGCGACCAGCCACAUGCUCGUCUACCACGCCUCGGACUUGUCCCGCGUGCGCGUCAAGCCCACCAGGUGCUUCGUCCUCCUCGAGAGCUGGUCCCUCGCUUUCUACUUCUGGCCGAGUGCGCACGAGCGCACGACACACAUGGGUGUCGCCGGUGCCACACCAGGCGCGCGUAGCGUUGUGCUCUUCAUGCACGCCAGCGAGCCUGCCUCGCGCCGGCGAACCCAUCCUCGCGCCUGCGAUUCGCUCCCUGAGCAUUUCGUAUUUCACGGAUGGCCAAUUCGAGACCGGGGCCGGUGCGCAACGGUGCCCCGGUUCCUGUUGCAAUGGAGUGGCAUUGCGCCUAGCGCAGGCGGGGCGCGGGGAUCUCUCAGGUCGCUCAUCCCCGUGCCCUGCCAGAGCUCGAAGACUCCCUCCCUCCAUCCCCCGGCAUCGUGCCUCGACGAAUCUCAAGCUACGCCCCGACUCGCCUCCUUGUACCACCUCGCUUUCCAUGUAUUAUUAUCAGAACUAGCGCUUCCAAUACACGACAUGCGCUCGGGCUCCCGGAUUCUAUUCGGCGAGCCGGCAGCUCUACCAUUUUACGGUGUGACCAGCCGCACUGGCGACGUGUCCGAUUAG